AUGUCGGUUCUGCUACGAAACUUCAUCUAUGAAUGCCUUUACAGUCCUAAACGUGGUUACUUUAACCCGGUAAAAGAGGCAGAUCUGCCGCUUCGGCGAUCUUCGCGCGGCGGGCAGAACGUAGAGCUCAAGUUCGCGUCUCGCGCCGAGUGGGACGCACACGUUCGCGACCUUUACGCUACUGCACCGCGAACAUGGCUGACACCCUCAGAGCUCUUCUCACCUCACUAUGGGAGAACGAUAGCGCACUUUCUGGCAGUAACGCACGACCACGAUACGAUUGUGGAGGUCGGCGCAGGGAACGGUACCGUCGCGCUUGACGCUCUGAACUAUCUCCGGGACUCGUUUCCCGAAAAGUAUGCCAAGUUGACAUACCACACGGUUGAUAUCUCCGCUCCCUUCGUGAUGCGCCAACACGAGCAACUCUAUGAGCACAUUGAUGCGGGGCGGUGUGUCGUCCAUCACCGAUCAGCGCUGGAGGAGCCGAUCCCGCUGGAGCACCCCGAGGCGGCGGCAGCAGCAGCAGCAGCAGCAGCUAGAGCACACGAGCGAUACGAGUCGGGGCAACCGCCACGGGUUGCAGUUCUAGCGCUAGAAGUUCUGGACAAUUUAGCUCACGAUGCUAUCGUACAAAAUCGACGUACCGGUGAGUGGUAUCAGCUCCUGGUGGACGGCAGAGGCCGCUUCCUGUACGAGCCUUUGCGUGACGAUUUGAUUCUUGAGGCGUGUCGGGUCUGGGGCUUCGGUCCUCAUUUUGAGGCCGAAGAGACUCCAUCGAAGAUGGGCGAUCCGCCGGAACCCUCGAUGUAUGCAGGACGUGGCAGUGGCAUUGUUCGCUCCAUCGAACAAAUCCGCAGCUUGUUUCGGCGGAUGAACGACUGGGUCAUCCCCUCGUCUGUUCGUGCAGGUACAUCUAUGAAUACGAAUGCGGGUCCAGCGGAAGCGUUUGACGCAGAGGAUGUAUCCUGGCCGACGUAUGUACCGACUGACGCUACGCUCUUGCUGCGAAACAUAGCGCGCUCCUUCCCACAAGGUCACAGUUUGCUCAUCGCCGACUUUGCCUGUUUCACUGACAGUUUACCGACCGCUAGUGGUACCACAAUUGCACCCGUUAUUCAGACUUUUGGCCAAGAUCAGACCGUUGACUGGCCAGCAGUAAGGCCUGGUGAGCACGAUAUCAUGUUUUCUGUGUCGUUUCCGCGUCUGUUGCGGGCACACCGUCGAUUAGAACGGCGGAUUGGACUCCAGGAGCUACUCCCGCAACAGGAAUGGUGGCGAAAACAUGCUGCUACCAAUCCAAGCGGCUAUAAUCCUAUUCUCGAGUCGUUUGCCAACAUGUUCAUGUACUUUGGAUCCACGUUCCGGCCUGGUCGCGGUCACCAGUAG